GUUACUACAAUUUUGCUUCCGUGCUGGACAAAUAGGUACCAGAACUUAAGACACGCAUUCUCUUUAGGAUUUAUGCUGAGACUUUUGUACUAGUAUAUUGAUAGUUUUAGGGGAUGGUGAGACUUGCUUAGCUGUUAUUGAAACCUGAGCCUGCUGGACAGGGAUAGGAUAUAUGGCAUUUUUUUUUCGUUCUAAGACUGUGGGACAUAGGGAGAAAAAGAAACUUCCCUCAUUUUGAAUGAGGGUCACAACUACUAUACACGCUGACCAAACAGGCUGUCAGAGCAGAACAGCUCUUCAGGCAUUUUACAAGCUUUAAGACAGGGGGAACGAGAAAAAAGAGAGAGAGAGAAUCAGGACAGGAGGUAGUUAAGUUUAUCUGGCCAUUUGUAAAGAGCUAAAAACAGCUAAAUUAGUUCAACAGAUUGUUUGUGAGGAGUAUUUAUAGAGUUUUAGAACGUUUCAUAACAUAAGUUGUCAUAGCUGUUAAAGUUAUUCUAGACUGCUGAAACAAAACCUCUAUUGCCGUUUAAGCUCUCUGUUUAAAAAAAUAAAAAAACUCUGAAUGGUUGGCUGAACAAAAACAUUGUUUUGAUAGAAAAAGGCAGAAGUGGACACACAGAGUUAGUGCAGCUGAAAUAGUUAUCCACAGCCAGGUAGCAGACACGAAGAUGUGGUUUGUGCGGCUUUCGUUCAGUUUGUCACUGGUUACUGCAGUUGCUUCUGCUGCAAGCGGUCAACGACGAGUGUCCGAUAAUGCCCGGAAGCGGCAUCGUGUCCAUCAAGGUCAAUGCAGUUAUACUUUUGUCCUUCCAGAACUAGACCACUGUAGGGGUGGCUCAGACCAGUACAAUGGCAAUGCACUUCUGAGGGAUUCUCCACAGUUUCUGGAAAAUGAAUGGUCCCUUCAAAAGCUGCAACACCUGGAAAAUAUCAUGGAGAACAAUACACUGUGGAUGCUCAAGCUAGAAAACUAUAUCCAAGAAAAUAUAAAGACAGAAAUGGCACAGAUUCAGCAGAAUGCAGUGCAAAACCAUACCGCUGUCAUGCUGGAAAUUGGCACUAACUUAUUGUCUCAGACUGCAGAGCAAACAAGGAAACUGACAGACGUUGAAGCCCAGGUAAUGAACCAAACAUCAAGAAUUGAAAUCCAGUUACUGGAGAAUUCUUUGUCCACCAACAAACUGGAGAAGCAGCUAAUACUACAAACAAAUGAAAUUCAGACUCUUCAUAGCAAGAACACCUUUCUAGAGAACAAAGUACAGGAAAUGGAGUCCAAACACAGGGAGCAACUGGAAGCCAUCAAAGCAGAAAAGGAAAAGUUGAGGCAACUCGUGGAUCUUCAGAGCAGCACAAUCGAAGAACUGGAAAAACAACUGCACUCAGCCAUUAAUAAUAACAGUCUGCUUCAAAAACAGCAGCUGCAAUUGAUGGAGGCAGUCCGCAGCCUUCAGCAGAUACUUUCUCAAGGAAAGGUAAAAUUUGAGAAAGAAGAUAAGGUAUUCCAAGACUGUUCUCAGAUAUAUCGAUCUGGGCAGUAUGCCAGUGGAGUGUAUGAAAUUCAUAUAAACAACGUGACAGAACCAAGGAAGGUGUUCUGUGACAUGAAGCUCAAUGGAGGAGGGUGGACAGUGAUUCAGCGCAGAAGCAAUGGCAGUGUGGACUUCCAGAAAUCAUGGGAAGACUACAAAGCCGGUUUUGGAGAAGUGAAUGGUGAAUACUGGUUGGGCAAUGAAGCAAUCUAUCUGCUGACAAGUCAACUGUCUUACACUCUGAGGAUCGAAUUAAGAGACUGGGAAGGAAAUCAGGCCUACUCACAGUAUGAGACAUUUCAGCUGGGCAGUGAAAGGCAGCAUUACAAGUUGUUUCUGAGUGGAUAUAGUGGUUCAGCAGGACAGCAAAAUUGCCUCGUUAUGGGUGACACCAACUUCAGCACCAGAGAUCGUGAUAACGAUAACUGCAUUUGUAAAUGUGCACAGAUGUUAACAGGAGGUUGGUGGUUCGAUGCCUGUGGAUUGUCUAACUUGAAUGGCGUGUAUUACCCAGCUGGACACCACCUCAGAAAACUUAAUGGAAUUAAAUGGCACUACUUCCGUGGCCCCAGUUACUCACUCCAACAAACUACCAUGAUGAUAAGGCCAUCGGAUUUCUGAAAUAAGAGGAGGAAUUAUGAAAAAAACAGUAGCUGGCAAUGAAAGUUUCUGAGAGCUAAAAGACUAUAUGUUCCUUCCUUGGCAGAGAUAUUCAGCCAGUGAUUGCAAGAAUUACUGCACAGACAAGAAACAAGACAAAAUGAAGUGGUUCCCAAGCUCCGCUGUGGGCUUUUGGAGAAAUUUAUGUUGUCUGGCAUGAUCCAAAGGACAGGGCAAAGCAGUAAAUGCGUGAUUCUUAAUAAAACCAUAAAUAGAAAAAAAAAUAGUCACAUUCUAUUGACUAAGAUCUUGUCUUCAAAGAAGCACAGGAAAUCAGAAUCAGCAAGAAUGUAAAGAAAUAGGAUUACAAGAGCAUAUAAAUACUGUUACAGGUUUUGCUGGACACAGGAUAUUCCUUUGUGAAAUGUGACUGAGAUGAUACUAAAGGAAAAAUGUCUGCCAAACCUUUUUUCUCUGAGGAGUUUACUGUGGGAAUACUUUCUCUGAACUUAAAUGGAGUGCUGCAGUUCUCGUCAUUGUCACAGUAUGUACUCUUCGGUUAGACAGACUGCAAAAUGAAAAGACUUUAGUAUAAAUAUUUCUUACAACAUAGUCUAUACACCUUAGUGCUUUUUGUACAGCUGAGGGAUGGAGAUAUUUUGAAAUUAUAUGUGCAUUGAUAUGAUAAAAUAAUUCUGCCGUAAAAACGAGUAUUCAUUUGGAAUAAUGGCAAAUGUUGUGUAAGUAACACUAUGAUACCCCGUCAGACCUAUUAUCAGGAAAUCUAUCCGCAUUUCAAAAACAUUUGCAUUUUUAUAAGGAAUAAAUGGAUUUUUAAUAUAAAGCAAACAUUCACUUUGUAACAAAUAUAUUUUACAAUGCCAAAAAAAACUUUUAAAUUAAACAAUGAUUACAGGAUUAAUGUUCAUUUAUAUUUUAGAUAGACGAGUUUGACUGACUUAAAUUGUUGACAUCUUUAUAUAAAACUGAUUACUGGAUCUAAAUCAUUGGCUGCUUUCUGCAAUGCAUUUAAUAUUAUAGCAGUUCAAAAGGAUAUGCCAUAUCUUCCAUUCGGGAAAGAUAAUAAGGUUAUAACGCUAAAAUAAAGAUUAUAACACUAAAAUAUGGCUGCUAGCUUUCAUCUCAACAUGUGGCUGAAACAAGGCAAAGAAUUAUUUUUGCAAUAUUAUGGUUUAAGCAUUCCUUUCUGAUAUGCAAAUGGGACCUCACAUAGAAAUCUGACGCCACUGUAUAUAUUAUGGAAACAAAUUUAAUAGGGGUAGUUUUGCAUAAUCCUUUAUUAAACCACAACCAAAGUGUUCAAAACCCAGACUGGUAUGUAUCAAAAGAGUAUUUUCC